AUGUGGGCAUUACAUCCUGAGUUUCUUAAGGAAGUUGAUAAAAAUUGGGAGUCUAACAAUGAUGCAGAACCUUGGAUCAGAUUGUGGCUCCUGCAAAAGAAGUUAGCCUCUCAUCUGAAAAAAUGGAAUUGGGAUAGAUUUGGCAAUGUUAAUGAGCGACUUGAUGCCAUCCAAAAAGAAGUUCACAGAUUGGAGGAAGGUUUACAAAUGUGGAUGAAUUCUGAUUUUGAGGUCCAUCAUGAUAGUGAGGGACUCCUUGCACAAAUCAGCUACCAGGAAUGUUUCUUAAAACAGAAAGCAGCUGCCUCUAAAUUCACUGAUGGGGAUAGAAAUACAAGAUACUAUCAUACCUGUAUCAACUACAGGAGGAAGUGCAAUAUGAUUCUCAACAUUACUAAUACCAAUGGUCAGAAAUUGACCAAUGCUGAUGAUAUUGCUUGUGAUGCAGUACAGUACUUCCAAAAUUUGUUUACCAGCAAUCAGUCUGACAAAAGCCCUUUUGAUGCAGAUAUAUUUUCUAACUAUCAACAUUAUGUUCAAAGAUUAAAUCUCACUUAUAUUCCUUUGGAAGAUGAGAUAAAACUUGCCUUAGACUCCAUUGAUGGUCUUAAAGCUGCUGGGCUAGAUGGAUAUACCUCAACAUUUUAUAAAGCCACAUGGGACAGGUCCAGUAAAGACAUUAUGCAAGUUGUUCAAAAUUUCUUUCUUGGUGUGGAUCCUCCUAGAUAUUUUAGUGCCUCUACCAUCACUUUGAUACCAAAGAACCAAAAUAAUCAGCAAAAUCAUUAUUUUCAGGAUUCAACCACAUCUCCAAUAUCUCAUCAGUGA